AUGGAUGACUAUCUACCUCGCGUUGAAGUUCGUGUUAUUGAUGAAGAAAAGGGAAAAGGUCUAUUCGCUUUGAGAAAAUUCAAUUUUGGAGAUGUAAUUUUUGAGGAGCGUCCCUUAGUAUGUGCACAAUUUUUAUGGAAUCAAGCCUAUGGCUAUCUUGCAUGUGACUUUUGCAUGAAACCUUUGGAAACUGCACAAGAGAAUAUUAGAAGAUUAUCAGGAAAUCCAGAUCUCUGUCUCCCACAUCCUGAAUGCUGUGCUACAAGAAAAGAUGAAUAUGUUGAAUGCACAUAUUGUGAAGUAUCAUAUUGUAAUACAAGCUGCAGAGAGCAGGCUUGGGAUCAGUAUCACAGAGUUUUAUGCACAUCCUUUUCUGAUGGUCGUGUUCAACAUCCCUUAGAUCAGCUUCAAGAUGCUUGGAGGCAGAUGCAUUAUCCGCCUGAAACUGCUAGUAUUAUGCUCAUUGCACGUAUGGUAGCAACUGUUAAGCAAGCUAAAGACAAAGCUGGUGCAGCUCAUCUCUUUUCUCAGUUUUGUCAUAAAACAAGGAAUGAAGCAGGAGAAAUAUCUCACAAACUGCUAGGAAAACAAUUUCAGGCUCAAAUGGAACAUUUGAGGCAGCUCAUGAUCAAAGGCUUGCAUGAUGAUGACUUGGAUCAUUGGUUUACCCCAGAAGGUUUUAGAUCCCUUAUUGCUUUAGUUGGUACCAAUGGUCAAGGCAUAGGAACAAGUGCUUUUGGUGUUUGGGUGAAAAAUUGUGAUUCCUUAGAUCUGUCACAAGAAGAAAAAGAAAAGCUAAACACUUUUAUUCAUGAUGUUUAUGAAUCAAUUGAGAAAGAAACUGGGCCAUUUUUAAAUAAUGAAGGGUCUGGAUUAUAUCCUUUGCAAAGCUCUUGUAAUCAUAGCUGUAUGCCAAAUGCUGAAGCAACUUUCCCAUACAAUAAUUUCACUCUAGUUAUGGAAGCUAUAAAAGAAAUAGAACCUGGAGAAGAAAUCAUUGUAUGCUACCUUGAUGAGUGUAACAGAAACCGUAGUCGUCACAGCCGCAUAAAGCUACUCAGAGAAAAUUAUCUUUUCACUUGCUCUUGUCCAAAAUGUGAGAGCCAAAUUGACGAAACUGACUUCAGCAGUGAAAGUGAAAUGGAAGAAUGA